AUGUCCCUACUGCGCCUCUGGACCCUAUGGGUCCUUCUCAUGUGGCAAUCGUUGUGGCUGUUGGUCCAGGCAGCUCUGCUUCUGGAGUGGGCCUGGGACCUGGUCCGGCUGACCUCUGAACCCCUAGGACCCACCAGGCCCUGGUCUUCCCGCUCCUCUGAUCUCCCACCCGAAUCGCCCCACGCGCUUCCACCCUCGGCAGACCCUGAGGGCUUUGCUUACCUGGGGUCCUCUGCUUCUUCCCAGAUGUUGGCCCCGCCUCGGGAGUUGACGGAGACUUCGGCUCCAUUCCUGGACACGCAUUCAGCUCAAGAGCUGCCGCCAGGGCCAGAUCCGUUUGCUGUUCCACAUCGGGAUCUCAGUGACAAGCUGACUGGACAACAAAGGCCCCCAGAGGUGGUUCCAGUGCCAGGUUGGGAUCAGACUCGAGUCCUAGCUCUACCUGCUCAACUCAGAAGUAAGAUUGAAGCUGUAGGUCUAGAUCAGCCUGCAGACCACCAGGCAUUGGAAAUAUUUGUUCCACCUCUAGAUAGUCAGAGUUCAAAACCAACAAGGUUUAUUAUUUCACCAAAGAACCUAAAGAAAGACCUAGCUUAGCAUCAACGACUUACUAAGGUGGUUUUUGGAACUUCAAAUCAAUUUGCAUCAAAACCUCAACAUCAAAAACAAACUCUACGGGAUGGUGAUUACCUAGAUCCAAGUACAGAUAUAGUUUAUCCUGGUGGCCUACCUCUGGAAUUCCUAGAGAACUUAGAUGAGCCUGCAGGGCCUCCUGAAUUUUCUCAAUUCCAUCUAGAGGAUGAAAUUCAAAAUCCAGAGACCACUAAAGAGAUCCAGUCUUCUUCAUUCCAGCAAGAAGCCCCAGAACAAUCCUCUGAGGAGGUAGAACCUUCUUCAACCCAGCAGGAGUUCCCAGCUCAGCCUCCACAGCCUCCUGAGCAGGUUGAACUUUCUUCAGCAGAGCAGGAGGCCCCAGCUCAGCAGCUACCAGAUACUGAAGAGGUUGUAGCUCAGCCAUCAAUACAUCAUGAAGUGAACGUUCCAUCUCCAAGUUGGACUGCAGCUCAGCACUCAGUCUUGUCCAGAGUCACAGUUAAACCUGUGGAUCUGGAGCUUACAGUAACUCCAGAGCCAGGUAACAACACUGAACCUACUCCAAGUCGGCAGCAAGCCCCAGCUCAGCCUCCAGAGCACCCUAAGGAGGGAGAACCUUCCUCAACCCAACAAGAAGCCAAGCUCCUGAGGAGGUUGAACAUUCCUCAACCCAACAAGAAGGCCCAGUUCAAACACCAGAGCUCCCUGAGGAGGUUCAACCUUCUGCCACCCAGGAGGAGACCCCAGCUGAGUCUCCAGGCUUUCCUGUGGAGGCGGAACCUUCCCCCAAUAGGAGUUAGUCCUGUGAGGCAAAUAGUUGUUGCUAGUUUGCAUUUUGAUCCAGAAAUAACCUUUUCAUUUUCCAGAAUUCUCAGUGAAAAUCAUUUGACUGAAUUACGUAAAGAUUCAUUUGAAGGCCUGCUAUCCCUCCGGUAUUUGUAAGUUAGCUAG